AUGCCUGGCUUACCUGUGGACAAUGCUUGGCGAUUUCUUUUUAAACGCCGCCGUUGGAGAAUCGACGAUAUCGUGGGCAUGUAUCGGCGGCGAUACUUGCUGAAGCCGACGGCGCUGGAGCUAUUUAUUCAAUCCACAAGGAAAAACUACUUUUUUAAUCUGGUGUCGGAGGAUGUGGCUCUGUUUCACGAGGCUCUUAUGACGCGAAGACCACUAUUGCUGAAGCGUGAUCCAAGUGUCCGUAGACUCCGUCACCCAAGCAGCUUAUUUCGCAACUCGCCUAUGAGUAAUCGCUGGGUCCAGCACGAGAUCUCCACUUUUGAAUAUCUUAUGUGGCUGAACACGAUUGCUGGCCGGACAUACAACGAUCUGACACAGUAUCCCGUUUUCCCGUGGGUUAUCUCGGAUUACGAGUCAGCAACGCUGGACUUCGGUCGGAGGGAGUCGUAUCGAGACCUGACAAAGCCAAUGGGAGCUUUGGAGCCAACUCGCCUCAAGUUUUUUGUUGACCGCUACAACGCGUUUGAAGAUCCUGAUAUCCCCAAGUUUAUGUAUGGGACUCACUAUUCCAACAUUGGUGCCGUGCUCUACUACCUUAUCCGCUUGGAACCAUUCACCUCGUAUGCACUGAGCAUCCAAGGAGGGAAGUUUGACCACGCGGACCGUUUGUUCCACUCAAUCGCGGAAACGUGGCAUAACUGCCUCACUGACUACACCGACUUGAAGGAGUUAACUCCUGAAUGGUUCUACUUGCCUGAGUUCUUAGUGAACUGUAACAAGCUGGACCUAGGUACCAGGCAAAGCGGUGCGGAUGUGAGCGAUGUUGUGCUGCCUCCUUGGGCAAGCUCACCCGAAGAUUUCGUGAUGAAAAACCUCGUGGCUUUGGAAAGUGAGUAUGUGUCGGCCAAUAUUCAUCACUGGAUCGAUUUGGUCGUUGGCUGCAAGCAGCGUGGGGCAGCUGCUGUGAAGGCGAACAACGUGUUCUUCUACCUUACGUACGAGGGCAUGGUUGACGUCGACUCGAUCACUGAUCCAGUCGUGAAGUCUUCGAUGCAGUCUCAGAUCGCGCAUUUCGGGCAAACGCCUACCCAAGUUCUUCGCGAGUUUCAUCCACAGCGA